UGGGAUAUAUAAGUACCCGGCCACGUGCAUUCUGUGUUUUUGUAAGAUGUAUUUCUAUUUGUAUCCAUCUCAUGAGUACUGAUUUUUAUAGUUCGUUCGUAUGUUGUACUGUACCACCACUGCACCACGUUAGGGGAGAGUUGGGAUCCAGCUAACAUGUUUAACACCACAACAUUCUGUAUUUAUGACAAAGAGUACAACAAUCACGAAACUCAUUUGUUUAACACACAGUUGUCAUCGGGACAAGUUGCUGAUUACUACGACAGAUGGGCUGAAAAUGGGCGAUACGAUGAGGAAAUAAAGAAUACUUUAAAAGCUCCAGAAAUAACUGUUAAGACAACAAUUACACUGUAUGACCCAUCAGUUCGACCAAAUAUAGAAAUACUGGAUAUAGGAGCUGGGACAGGUUUGGUCGCUGAGAUGCUCCGUAAGUCUGGUUUCCAGAAGAUCGACGCACUUGAUCCAUCAAAGGGAAUGCUUGAGAAAGCAAAGGAAAAAAAUCUGUAUCGCAAUUAUGUUUGUGAAUUAUUGACUAAAGAAACUUUUAAAAACGCAAAUGGUUUAUACGAUUGUAUAGUGUGUUCCGGCUCGUUUUGUCCUGGUCAUAUCCCAGCUGAGGCCCUUCAUGAAUUUAUACGCCUGACCAAAAAAGGUGGCCAUGUUGUUAUUGCAAUGAGAGAUGAAUGGGAAGCUCCUGGUUACUCUGAUUCCAUCAAAACAUUUAUGAGACAACUGAUAGAUGAUGGAAAGUGGGUGAAAACUCACGAAGAACAAUAUAAUCAUUACUUUGAUAAAGCUGGUGUAGUUUAUGUAUUUCAAGUAGUAUGAGAAGUAAUCAUUCAUAAAUAAAAUUCAAUAAAAAAUCAAUUUCA